AUGGUAGUAGAUGAUUUGAAAAGAAUUAUCUGGUUCAUGUGGCAUGGAGGUGUCGAUACUGACGAUAUGUUGAAACAUCGGAAGAAGCAGAACCCCCCGCCGCACCCAAACUGCUCUCCGUACAUGGGCGAUGUUUGUAGGGGGGCCUUCAACAACAACAUCACACUGUCUUCGUCAUCUUCGUCGCUGUUGUCUUCGUCGCCAGGGUUCAUGCCACCGCUGACGCCGAUCGUCAAUGUGGCCGUCAUCCACGAUGUCGGGUCACAAUCGUUCGUGGAGAAAAGAUUAGCCAGUUUGAAGUUAGGCAUGAUGACUUCAAAAACAGCCGACGACACGUGCGUUCGGAUAGCGACAGUCUAUUUGUGUCGCCUCUUCUUCAAGACAUGCGGCAGCCACAACCAGGCGUUUCUGCAGCACGAACAACAGCAGCAACAACGUCGACGACAACGGCCACGACAGCCACAAUUUGAAGACGAGACUCCAUCGAGCAUUCUGUCGCUGCUGUGCUACGAUGAUUGCAAGACGUUCGAAAGUGAGAAAUGUCAGGCUGAGAGGGAAAUAAUUCGCUUGUCGUCGUCAGCGGCUGAGUUCAGCAACCUCCUCCCGAAAGAUACAUCGUGCGUUCCCGCCUCUCACGGCGUUGGACUCUACGGUUCGAAACCUGAAAAGAACCCUAACCACUGCAUUUGGAGGCCGCCCACAAGUUCGCCCCACGACCAAGUCAACCAUAUCAUCUACAUAGUGGCUGUGCUGGCGGCUUCCAUUCUUAUCGUCUGCCUUCUAGCAAUUUUCAUCAAAAGACGUUGUAACAGUGAGGAGAAAUCAUUGGAGGCCAAGAAGAAACAGCUGAAGGACCUGGAAUCAAGUAACAACAGCAACGCACUUCUCAGCAACAACAUGAUGAGCAAGAAAGCUGCUCCAGGGAUGUUGUUGAAUGGAAAGGAACAAUCACCCACCUACCAAAGCAACCAGUUCCAGUCACACUACCCCAACACCGUGGUGUCCUCCUCGUCGUCUGGUCACAAUUCAGUUGCCAUGUACAACAAUGUUCCGACCGUGUCUGCCGUCAACAUCUCCUUUCUCUAUCCCAUUGGCAGUGGUCAUUUCGGUCCCGUGUAUGCCGGUCAGUUGAUUGACCAUCAGAGCAACAUAAUGUUUCCUCAACAGCAAGCUCUGUUGCAGCAGCAGAAGCCAGUCAUUGUGGCUACAUUGAGUGAGCACGCAGAUCCCACAUUGAAAACGCGUUUUGAAAAAGAAUUGAGAUCAAUAUCAUCCCUUCGACACGACCACCAAAACGUCUUGAAGUGUGUGGCGUUGUGUCAUGCGGGCUCACCUCGAUCACUUUUGUAUGAAUUCGUUGAUGGUGUCGACUUGAAACAACACUUAAACCUCUUGACUUCAACAAACUCUUUUGACUUACCCUCUGCCUUAGACUACGGUUGCCAAGUUGCCAGAGGCCUCGAAUACAUGAGUGAGCAAGGUUACUAUCACGGCGAUUUAGCAGCGAGAAAUGUGUUGGUACCUAAGACGGCAGACCGAUGCUUGCGACUCACAAACCUUGGAGUGUCUCGACAGGUGUACGAAGCCGAUUACUGUCUGUGCCCAUGCCAGCAAGUGUUGAGCUUACGUUGGUGUCCCACUGAACAGGUAGUGUCUGGGGAGGCUGGUUGGUUCACUGAAAUCUGGUCCAUGGGCGUUUUGUUGUGGGAAAUAUUCACUGGUGGCAAUCGUCCGUACGGUAUUUUGUCGGACAGUCAGCUCUUAUUAGAAAUGCAGAGCGGCAAACAACCCGUCCCACAAUUGCCGGUUGAGUUUCCACAGGAAAUUCGAGAAACGGUAGAUGGCUGCUGGCAUCCCGACCCCCAAAGAAGAGUUACUGCAUCCACACUGAGGAAAAAUUUAGAGAAUGCCGGCCUCAACAUUUUUAACGUGACCAAAAACAAUGGGAAUAUAAUUACAGUGAACAACAGUGCAUUGUCGGGUCCGAAUGUCGCUUCAUGUCAAUCAAAUCAGAAUACCUUGGGUCCCACUUUUUCUUUCCACUCGCCACAGACCGUUUACACGAUGCACCAACAACAAAAACACUUACAAAAACAAAAUCUCACUACUGGCCAAACAUCGUCACAACCACAGCCUCAGCAGCAGCAGCAGCAACGCCUUCAACAGCAACAACCAUUGAGCCCGACAACGAGUAGCAACCACACCUCCUCUACAAAUCUGGUCAACUCUCCCAUCAAGUCAUGCGCCAUCAACAACCUCACACCAGCCGUAAAUACAAUUAACGACGACGAUGAGGACGACGACGACUACGCGAGUGACGCUGACGAAUGUCAGCCGGCGCUGAAACAGUACCCGUGUUGA